ACAGAGCAGGACAGAGACAGUAACAGCGUGUAACAGAACCGCAGAUUUAAUAUCUUUCUGAAGUGGAGUUGGUGUGGAGAUCUGUGAGAGUGAACUCAGGAUGAAGAUCCUCCUCAUCUUCACCCUCUGUCUGAUCUCAGAUGGAGGAUCCUCCAAGAAAGUAACAGGAUAUUCAGGAGGAGGAGUCCUUAUCAAGUGCAAGUAUGAUACAGAAUACAGACAAAACAAAAAAUAUUUCUGUAAGGAUUCAUGGCAAGGCUGUUUUGUACAAAUAAUGACAACAGUUAAAAAUAAGUGGGCAAAUUCAGGAAGAUUCUCACUGUAUGAUGAUACCAAAUCAGCAGAGUUCUGGGUGAUGAUCAGAGAGCUCACUGUACAGGACACUGGGACGUACAAAUAUUUAGUUGAUAUACCUUCAUGGCCAGACAUUCACUGUGGAUCUGUGGAUCUAAAGGUACAGGAAGGGUCCUUGGUCUCUAGAGAAGUGACUGCAUAUGCAGGGGGAGGAAUCAACAUCAAGUGCAGAUAUGAGGAUGAAUAUAAAGACAAACCAAAAUAUUUCUGUAAGAUCAGAACAAGUCAGUGGUGUUUUAAUCAAGUACACACAAAAUGGAACAGUGAAUGGUCACAUGAUGGCAGAUUCUCAAUUCAUGACAACAGAAGUGCAGGAUACUUCAGUGUGUUUAUCAGAGAGCUGAUUACGGAGGACACUGGAUCAUACAGGUGUGGUGUUGUUGUGUCUCAUAAACUGGAGAUCUACACUGUAGUGAAGCUGAAUGUAAGAGAAGGUCUGUCCUAUGAAACGUCCAUCAGUGAGACUGUCCAUGUAGGUGGAGAUUUAUCUGUCAGCUGUAAAUACCCAGAAUCCCUCAGGAAUAACCCCAAGUUUCUCUGCAAGAAGCUUCCAACUUCUGCGUGUUCUUAUAAUAUAUCUGUUAAAGAAAGUAGAGCAGAUGUAAAUAUGGGGAAAUUCUCCCUGUAUGAUGACCAAGCAAAACAUAUCUUAAAUAUGACCAUGAAAAAUGUAACUGAGCAGGACUCUGGUGAAUACUGGUGUGGAGCUGAAGCAGUCUGGCCAUCUGAUGAAUACAAUAUUUAUUUCAUGCAGAUCAACCUGAAAAUCACCGAUACACCCUCAAAACCAACACAAAGUUCAGCGGUAUCAUCAUCACUAUCAUCAUCAUCACCAUCAUCGUCAUCCUCCACAUCAUCGCAUACACCAAACUAUGAAGGACUUUCCCCAGUCUCCAUUGUGGUCACCAUCUUAGCAAAUAUUCUGAUUGGGCUUCUGAUUGGAAACACAUGCCUUUUUGUGGUUCUCCGAAUUAAACGCAAAAGACAAGGAAGUUCAGCAUCUAAUGACAGGCAUUCUGCUCCAGGCUCAGGAAACAGCCAUGUGGAUUUUAAAGACACCAGAGGUCUUGUUGCCUCAGAAGCAGGAACCUCUACAGGUCACUCUGCUGUGCAGAGCCCCUCUGAUCCUAAUGAAAGUGUUUACGCCAACACGAUGUUACCAACAAGCACCCGUGAGUCUGCAAGUACUGCUUCCAUGGCUCAACUACCCAGAAAUCUCCCUGAUUCCUCAAUCUCCACUGUUGAGAAACCUGAAGAAAGUCUGAUUUACACAACGGUGCGUUUUCACACCAAUGCCACUGGCUCUGAUCAUGCGGCUCCUAAAAUGAAGUUUAAAAAGGAGGAAGAAUCAUGUGAAUAUGCUACAGUGAGUCAUGGUAAUUCUUAUAGCUAGUUGUGCAUAAUGUACAUCACUCACACUUACUGGCCACUUUAUUAGGAAUACAUGUACAGUAUAACUGAUGUGAACAUUAACUGAAGCACUUGACCUGUAGCUGUAUGUAUUACACUGCUGCCACAUGAUUGGACAAUUGGAUAAUCUCUGAUUAGAUAACAGCACGAGUGUGAAGGUGUAUCGUUGUUCCUAAUAAAGUGGAUGCUGAGUGUAUUUACUGAAUACAAUGAAUCCGUCAAUUAUGCUUAAUGUCCUAAGGAACCACAUGUACUUAUUGUUCGCCAUUGUUUUUAUCCUACACUGUAGAAUUGAGAUACUGCUUAAUACUAAUGACUUGUCAAAUUGUUAAUUCUGAAUGUCCAGGAAGUAUUGAUUUAUUUUCUCGAACAGCAUCGCUAAAAAUAGUGUCAUCUACAAUUCAAAUCAGUUUUAUAUUAAUGUUUUAUUAUAAUUUUUUUGUAACACCUUACACCAGGAUUACACCUAGAAUGAAUAAAACAGGUUGAUCUAA